AGUAACAGAACACGGGCUCCGUGUUGACGAUUCACACGCCUGGAGGAUUACAAUUCAGUAUAUUUUUUUAUCUUACAAAUUUACCUCGGUUUUUUUUACGCUUUAUCUAAUCGACAUGUUCAACAGUUUAAUUAGAGAUUUUGAUGAGGAUCCGUUCUUCUCGGAUCCGUUCAGGGCCCACAGGGAUCAUAUGAGGCAGAUGAUGCGUAGCUUCUCAGAACCAUUUGGUGGUCACGACAGGCUGCGUUUAAUGGAUGUGAGGAGCCACGGACACAGUGUGGGUGAACAGCUCAGCUCCUUGGAACAAAGGGAUGCACACAGGGACAUGAUGUGGAACCCGUUCACCAUGGCUGACAACAUGAUGAACGACAUGAGGAGACGGAUGGAGGAAAAGCACAGAAGCUUUGAGAACAUAUCCACAGAGCCAAACUGCCACUCAUUCAGCUCCUCAUCAGUCAUGACUUAUUCAAAGGUUGGAGAUGACACCCCAAAGGUUUUCCACGCCACAUCUUCAACACGCCACGCCCCAGGAGGGAUCAAGGAGAUCCGGCGAGCAGUGAAAGACUCUGAGAGUGGUCUAGAGAAGAUGUCCAUUGGGCACCACAUCCAGGACAGAGGACACAUUAUGGAGAAGAAAUACAACAAAAAAACAGGAGAGAGAGAAUUCAACCAGGACUUCCAGAAUAUGGAUGAGUCUGAAGCACUGGCAUUCGACGAGGAGUGGAAGCACAAGGUGUCCAAGUUUCACCCGUCUGUCUCCGUGCCUCAUCUGGAGGAACGCAAACCCCGCGCUGUUCACCGGGCAGCGCUCACCAGCCCCGACGAGCCGACCCACAGAGGAAAACCAAAACGGUCUGACGGCGAAAAGGUCAUCAAGUUCAAGACUCCCGAUGUAAAAGAGUCAGGUGUGAAAAAGUAAUAAAAUGCUUUUUCUGUC